GGAGAAUGGCUUAUACACAAGGUUUCUUGCAGCUCCGUGCCCUAACCACUCCUGUUAAAGUUUCGCCAAAAUGGGAACUUAGGACCACAAAACCAAACCGCAUUGUUUGCAAGGCACAGAACGAGGAUGUCGAAGACAGUGAUGCCACCAACCUUAGCCUUCUCUCUCGGAGGUUGGCCCUCGGCACUGCACUCAUCGGUGGUGCUGCUGCUGCCGGCACUAGGGCCUCACCUGCUCGUGCUGCUGAUGCACAACUCACUCUCCAGAAACCUCCAGUUACUACAUUACCUGCAAUAAGUUAUGAGGAAUAUCCUGCAUCGGUUGUGGAAGCUCUUUCUCUCAAUCGAACCAGUUUUCCCGAGGGCUUCGUUUUCGGGACAGCAUCAGCGGCUUAUCAGUACGAAGGAGCGGCCUUUGAAGGUGGAAGAGGACCAAGUUUAUGGGAUAACUUCACCCAUAGAUAUCCAGAGAAGAUAGAGGACAGAAGCAAUGGAGAUGUAGCAGUUGACGAAUAUCAUCGUUACUUGGAAGAUGUUCAGAUAAUGAAGGAUAUGAAUCUGGAUGCAUACAGAUUCUCCAUCUCGUGGUCUAGAAUAAUACCAAAUGGAAAAGUGGGCGAAAACGAGGAGGGUGUAAACAAAGAAGGAAUCGAUUAUUACAAUGACCUCAUCGAUAAUCUAAUAGCAAACGGUCUAGAACCGUAUGUCACAAUCUUUCACUGGGAUACUCCCCAAGCUUUACAAGAAGAGUAUGGAGGUUUCUUAUCUCAUCAGAUUGUAGAUGAUUUUCAAGAUUUCGCAAAAGUUUGUUUCAAAUACUUUGGAGACAGAGUGAAACAUUGGAUUACUCUAAAUGAGCCUCGGUCUUACAGUAAUGGUGGUUAUGCAGCGGGGGUAUUUGCACCAGGUCGAUGUUCUGAUCCAACUUGUCUUGGUGGUGAUUCAGGAACAGAACCAUAUAUAGUUACACAUAAUCUCCUACUUUCUCAUGCAGCUGCUGUAGAUGUGUACAAGAAUCAGUUCCAGGAAAGUCAAAAGGGAGUGAUAGGCAUAACAUUAAUCACUCAUUGGUUCGAGCCAUAUUCAGAUGCCGCAGAAGAUGUAGACGCUGCGAAACGAGCACUUGACUUCAUGUUUGGAUGGUACAUGGAACCAUUGGCAUCGGGAAGAUACCCAGAUAACAUGCGUAACUUAGUUGGUAAACGAUUGCCAGAGUUCAGUGCAGAAGAAGCAAAACUUGUUGCAGGCUCAUAUGAUUUCAUUGGAUUAAACUAUUACACCACUAAGUAUGCUGCUAAUCAACCCAAAGUGGAACCUUCACCUACGUCCAAACCUCAACUUAGUUAUCUUACAGAUGCCAAUGUCAAAUAUUCAUCUGAACGUAAUGGUGUUCCAAUAGGCACACAGACUGGUUCUAGUUGGUUAUAUGUAUGUCCCAAAGGAAUUAAAGACUUGUUGCAGUAUACCAAAGAAACGUACAAGAAUCCUUUGAUUUAUAUAACUGAAAAUGGUAGGGCUAAUGAUGUGAAUGAUGAGACACAGACACUUGAAGAAGCUCUUCUUGAUAUUUAUAGAAUUGAUUAUCAUUAUCGUCAUCUCUAUUACCUACUUUCGGCAAUUGGGGAUGGCGUGAACGUAAAAGGAUAUUUUGCAUGGUCACUCUUUGACAAUUUUGAAUGGAAGAGUGGUUAUUUAGAAGGAUUUGGACUAAACUAUGUGGACAGAAACGAUGGUCUGAAGCGCUAUGCCAAACUCUCAGCACAAUGGUUUAAGAAUUUUCUUCAAAAACCACCAAAUCGCAAAGGGUAAACAUUUGUAGCACACAUUUGAUCAACACUUUGAAAAGACUCUAAUGUCGUGUUGUUUGUUUAGUACAUUCAUUUCAAAAAAGUGUGAGUUGUUAAAUUUUUUAUUAAUGAAAUGU